AUGAGCCGAUUUGUCGUAUUUGUCUCUUUGGCGUUGACGUCGGUGGCGUUGGCAGCCCCCGCCCAGCAGAACGCCGCCAUACUGACCGACGCCCGGUACCUGUCCAACAACGGUCAGUUCGGUGCCGCUUACACGCAGGGCGACGGUGUGGAGUUCAAGGAAGAGUCGGAUGCUGAUGGUAACAGACGAGGCUCUUACAGUUACUUGGACCCCAAUGGCCAAAGGCGCACAGUCAGCUACACCGCCGGCAAGGACGGUUUCAAGGCCACCGGCGAUCACUUGCCAGUAGCCCCGUCUCCAGUCGCGGCACCCGCUGCACCCGCACCGAAGUCGGGUUCAUGGCAACAAGACCAAUGGUCUCAAGCACCAGCAGUCCCAAACCAAUGGAACCAAGCACCAGCGGUCCCAAACCAAUGGAACCAAUGGAACGCAGAAACAACACCCAAGUACGACGACGGACAGUGGAACCAAUGGAGCUCAGAAGCCGCAUCGAAGUCUGAUGAUGGCCAAUGGAACCAAUGGAGCUCAGACGCUGAAGCAGCAAAGUCUGAUGACGGCCAAUGGAACCAAUGGAGUUCAGAAUCAUCUAACGACGGCCAAUGGAACCAAUGGAACUCCGCUCCAUCGACUGCGGCGCCAAAACACAGUCAAUGGAACCAAUGGAACUCCAUCCCAACCACUGCCAAAUGGAACCAAUGGAACUCUGCCCCGACCCCACCGCCCACGUCAUACAACGUCAACCACGCUUCCGGCAAAUUCAACUUGAACAGAUCUCCAGACGGUUUCAGCUACACGUUCAGUCAAAACUGA